GCUGCUGGCUGGAUGGAUGCAGGGAUUUUCAGUCUCAUUUUUAUGGAAGAAAACAUGAAACGUGGAAUGUUUUUACCUUCUAACCAUGGAUCAAACGUUUAACUGGACAAAAUGAACCAACACGCCGCGUAAACCUUUAGCGUUUCGCAUUUUUUCAUACAUAACAUAGCGGUUUUUGGAUCUACGAGCGGGGGUAGGUAAGAGAGGCUGCUGCUAGCUGUCAGUAAGCAGCCACAUCAGCAAGAAAUUGCAUCAUGGCUGACAGUAUUAUGAGUAAAGCUGCAACCAUGGAGAUCCCCAUUAACAGCAACGGAGACACAGGAAGCUUGCCAGAGGAUGACAGCCUAGAACAGGACUUGCAGCAGGUGAUGGUGUCUGGGCCCAACCUGAAUGAAACCAGCAUCGUGUCCGGAGGCUACGGGGGACCAGCAGGGGGCAUCAUCCCCACCAGCAGCAUUAAAGGACCUGCCGUUCACUACAACCCCGAGUAUCUGGAGCGGAGGCGGGGCCCUGCUCCUGCACCAGACAUCCGCAUGAAAUCCCGGGGAGUUAAUUUAGCCAACAGCCAGUCCACUGAUCGAAUGGCCCAUCAGAGAGAAGCCCAGCCAGGAUCGUCCAAUCACAACUCGGGGAAUUCGACGGAGGAGCUGACCAGAGGAGUGGCCGUCGAGAAGCUGGACAGUGUAAAGAAAUGGGGCAUUAACACGUACAAGUGCACCAAGCAGAUGUUCUCAGAGCGCUUCGGCCGAGGCUCUCGGACAGUGGACCUGGAGCUGGAGGCUCAGAUCGACCUGUUACGAGACACAAAGCUAAAGUACGAGAACAUACUGAGACUAGCCACAGCCCUGAGCUCACACUUCCAGAGCAUGGUGCAGACCCAGCAGGCUCUCGGAGACACCUUCACCGACCUCAGCCAGAAGUCCCCCGAGCUACAGGAUGAGUUUGGGUACAACGCAGAGACUCAGAAGUUGCUGUGUAAGAACGGAGAGUCUCUGCUGGGGGCCAUCAGCUUCUUUGUGUCCAGUGUGGACACUCUGGUCAACAAGACCAUGGAGGACACGCUCAUGACCAUCAAGCUCUAUGAGAACGCACGGCUGGAGUUUGAUGCGUACCGGUCUGACCUGGAGGAGCUGAGCCUGGGCCCUCGAGACGCUGCCUCUAUGGUCCGGAUCGAGAUGGCCCAGCACGAGUACCAGCACUACAGGGACAAGUACGAGAGGCUGCGCAGCGACGUCACCAUCAAACUCAAGUUCCUCGAGGAAAACAAGGUGAAGGUGAUGCACAAGCAGCUCCUCCUCUUCCACAACGCCAUCUCAGCGUACUUUGCAGGAAACCAGCAGCAGCUGGAACAAACUCUCAUACAGUUCAACGUGAAGCUAAAGCCCCCGGGCUCAGACAAACCGUCCUGGCUGGAGGAACAGUGAACCGGGAAGAACCGACCAGAAGAGAGAGGAGAGUACUACAGGAGGAGGGAGGGUACGACAGAAGGAGAAGGAGACAGAGUACUACAGGAGGAGAGAGACCAACACAACACCAAUCCCAUGUUUGAUAAGUUGUACCACCUAUAUAACAUUAUGGACAACACUUUUAUUUGUAUUUAAAGGCGCUGUACCUGAUUUUCACUCGUCAGUCUGCUAGAAAAUCAAUUCUUGUUGGACUAAAAGCAUGCUGAUCAUGCUGCUGAUCAACUAAAAAGAGAGCAUGGUAAAAGCUCACCAAACUCACUCACAACACUACACCUGCAGGGGGAGUUCCUGCUAAAUCUGCUAUUUAUUUUGCACAGAAAAAAGUACUUGGAAACCAUGUAUUUAUAUAAAAACAGAUUAUUGAAUCAUGAAUUUAAUCUUCUUUUUUUUUUUUUAAAUAAAUCCCCCAAAAUACAAAAUCUUCGCCCACCUCACUCUCCUCUCGUAAUCUAAAUAAAAUGACUCAGACACCAUGGACCCAAUGACUAAAAGCCCACAGCCCGAAAAAACUGUUUAAUUUCCAACAGUUUUUAGUGGGCCAAAGUUAUUCCUCACUUACUUUAUGCCUUCUAACCACUCAUUCGUGAGUUUAUAAGCACUUUUCACAAUUUGUAGAGGCCAGUGUGGAGGUUUUCCUUCUUAUUUCCCGACAAUUAAAUGCUUAAUAUCUUACUACAGCACACUGCAAACUUAUUUUGACCCCAAGAGCUGCUUAUCCAAUAUAUCUGUACUGCAGUGAGACUAAUUUUGCUCGAAAACAUGUGACAAAAAUCGGGUACAGUGCCUUUACGUUUAGAACCUUUUGCUUUUCUUUAGGCAGCACAAUCGUCGUUUCUUCAGCUGUUACUUCUGUACAAAGCCACUGUUGUGAAUAUAUCCCACGGCAGGUUUGCACACACUUUAUUUUGUGUUUUAUGUUUAUGUCUGAAGCAUAUUCACUUUAUCAUGUCGAUCACUAAUACAAAUCUACAAAGCUGGAACGCUUCGCCCGCUGCAGUGUGACGACACUGCAGUUCAGAGGCUAUUUUCCUAAUGACCCGAGCUUCUUAAAGUAUCAUUCCUACUGAUUAUGUCCAAACUUAUAAGGGCAAAUUAAAGGAACUGUAUGUAGUCCAUUAUUUUAUAUUUUUUAAAAAGGUACUACAAUUGCCAGUUGUUGAUACGAUACAUACCUUGAUACAUGGGCCACAAUACACUUUAUCCAAACAGUGAUCUUUUGAUUCAAUACGAUUCAAUAUGAUAUAUUUCACAUCGAUGCAAUACGGUUCAGUGAAAAAAAGGCUAAAUCAUGGCUGUGAUACUAAAAGUUUACCAAGUCCACUAAAUUUAUGCAAAAUUAUUAUGAAAAACACCAAUUUUACUCAUCAAAACAGUGAAAAUGUCUACACUUUUGUAGCUUUUACGCAAAAUAAUUUGGUAAAAUGUACCAAAAAUGACUCAUGGUGAUAUAUCGGUACAGCAGCCCACAAUAUCGAUACUGUAUUAUCAAAUUAAACGAUACGAUAUAUCGCUAUUUCAAUGUUUUUGCACAGCCCUAGUUGCCAGAGUCUUCACCUGCAGAUAAAGGACACAUCCAAGUGUUUCUUAAUAUCCACCUUAUUCGGGAAGUUGCCGUGGGCGCCACCGUCAUCAUUUGGGGUUGUAUUAUUUUGUAUGGGGUCGAUCUUGACAGUAAAUAAGUUCAAUAUGGACUUUUUUUACCGUUUUAAAGCCCUACAGAGAAUCGGUGCAGUGUGACUUGUUGGUGUAGUCAGGCUGGCGCCACCUAGUGCCUCCCCUCAAUUUCAUUUUUCUCCAGCGACUAGGUCAGGAAUCAGAAUACACUAGACGGUUUGCAAGAACCCCAGAAGUUGCAGACUGCGCACCGGCCAAUCAGCGAAGAGCUGUGAAGCCAUGACGUCAAACUCAAGCGCCUGUCUGGGUCCCUUUUGUGGAACAGCACAACAGUAAACAAAGCGGUCGAGGUGGAUGUAGACAAAGACAGACAUUCUGUGUUGGCAACGAUUCCCGACAUCAAGGAUUUAAAGUUGGAACAAAGAGAAUGUUUGGUGAAUUUUAUCAAGUGGAAAGACAUUAUUACCCUUCUUUCUACGGGAUUUGGCGCAUUACAUACGUCACAACCAAAUAACAGUGUUUGGUUAAAUAAAAAAAGUGCCUGCCUACCGUCGAGCAAACGAAUCGUAAUGCUGAAGUGAAAUCCGCUGAUGAAUCAGGCUAUUGUUGGUGCACAUGAACACUGAACAUUUUACACAAAUGAACCCGACUUUAUGUCAUAUUUAAGAUGCAAAAUGUUUCCCAAAUUCUCCAUUGACAUGAAUGGGAUCCUUGUUUAACCAGAACUAACACCACAACAACAACAAAAAAACACAGCUCAGGAGCAUUUAGAGGCAAAAGUGGACGGGAGAGAAUAAGGUGGAUAUGGACACACCAUGCCUCAUGUGAAAGCUCAGAACCUCUAGAAUUCCCUCCAGGAGCUACAGAGGCUGCACUAGCACUGAUUCAGGAUUGACUGUAGGUUCUGGGGUUUAGGUAGUGACAAUUCAGAUCAGAGAGAGGCAUUUUAGGUUGAAACCGGCUGGAUUUCUCCACCGAAACUGGCAACCCAAAUGAGAGACUUGUGUGAGGCUCAUUCUGCUUUCUGAUUGGAUAAUUGUCUUGAACCAAAACACCAAAUUGUACCAUAAAUGAUGUAAAAUAAUGUUUCUAUAAUUAAACAUAAAUCAGCAAAUCAGUUGUUAUCAGUAAAAGUUAUAUUGGAUUUGAACAUGUAUCUGGUUUAUGAAAUUUACAGUCAAAAUCUUACAUACAGUUCCUUUAAGAUAAUAUUUCUUUCCAUUUUACAAUCUUUGGUACUCCGCUUUGUAGAAACCAACUGUUUACAGACACACACGUUCAGACAAAAACACGUAUUUAUUGUCUUACGUUCAUUUGUUAUUUAAUCAGUACAUAUUCAGCAGAUUUGUUUUGAACAAUCCCACACGCUCCAUGGUUUUAUCCUUAUUUUUCUAUUGUCCCUGUACAGACGGUAGUGUAACCAUGCUCACAGAGGCGUGCCCAGUGGUAGCAAUAGGAACUAGUCUGACAAUAAUAGUUGAAACUUGACAGGUUUUUGUAAAGCGAAUACUAACUUUUUGAGAUGUUAUGACCGAGCAUGCGCCAGUAGAGGGCAGCAGCGAACAGCCUAAACCACAGUUCGCUGAGUGGGCCUUUUUUUUUUUUUUUUUAAAACAAACUCGGUUAUAAAUACUUUCACCAUAUCGAUAUUUGAACCUCAGAUAAUGUCAGUAAGUUAUGAUUUGAUCCUAACUGUAACAUAGCAUCUCUUUUGGUACAUUUUAAGUUGUAUUCUUCUGCUGUUGUCUUGUUCCUGCAUUUUCAAUAAAAUCAGCUGGAUGUAAUAAUGAAGUCGGUCUGUUUGUCACGCCCAGUAAAAUAUUUAUGUAGAGCUUUUCUACCUUCAAGGCACUUUACAUCUUGACCCACUCAC